AUGCGGAUCCGCGGCUCAAAGCAGCCGUCCAAGAGGCCUAAGAGGCCGAUGCUCGCGUUCAUUGGGGACCGGGGUUCGGGGCCGGGGCCUGACCUGGGGAGCGAAGAAGUAGCCUCCGAGGGAGUUCCCCGGUCGAAGAAGUCCGGCUUCAAACUCUCACACCAAUCCGCCGGGUCCCACCCAGAGCCGAUCGGAGGUGCGAUGAUCAUCUGUCCCCCGAUCGCAGGCAAAGACGGGUCGGCCAAGGAUCGGGCCUCGUUUUUUGCGGCGCUCAGUGCGGGGGAGUGGUCGGGUCCGGUAACGGAGCGGGAGGCGGAGACUCUGAGCGACUUGGUACUGAUCCGGGCGUGCAACAGCAAGUUGUUGCAGGGGUACUCGAGUCUGUUGGGUACGGCGCUCGGGUUGCGGUCGAUCCAAGGCGCGUUGACGAGGCAACCGGCGGUGGUCGUUUACGUCACGCGAAAGGUCAGCAGCGCGUGGCUAGUCAAAGAGGAGCAGCUCCCCGACCGGUUGAGAGGCCCCGACGGCCUCUGGUGCGACCUUGACGUCAUCGAGUUUGCGGACGGGGUUUGCCAAAGCCGCGCGGACACGUACAGCGGUCUAACGGACGGGCUCCGGGGCGGCGACCCCCACAUCGGGCCGGGCUCACAAGUCGCCACGUCGGAGGUUUACGGAACGCUGGGGGCCAUCGUGCGGUGCAAGAAGGACGUCAGCAAGGUGGGGUUCAUCACCAACCGACACGUGUCGGUGGAUCUGGACCGGCCACUGCAGCGAGUGUACCAUCCGUUGCCGCCGAUGACGUACCUCGGGACAGCGGAGCGGGCGGUCUCGUACGCGACGGACCACCUGUGGUAUGGCAUCUUCUGCGGACCUAACCCAGACUCUUAUGUGAGGGCGGAUGGCGCAUUCAUCCCGUUCUCCAAGGAGUUCGACUUGAGUUUGAUCGACACACGAAUGAAGGGCGUCGGUCCUCUUGGGCCGGUGAUCGAGGUCGACCUUGAACUUCCGGUAGCGAGCAUAGUCGGAAAGACCGUGUUCAAAGUUGGGCGGACAACGGGGUUAACGACAGGUGUCAUCAUGGCGUAUGCGGUCGAAUACGACGAAUCGAAGGGAGUGACGGUGUACACCGACUUCUUGGUGUUAGGGGAGGGGAGCCGGCCGUUCGACGCACAAGGGGAUAGCGGAAGCUUGAUCGUUAUGCCGGAUGGAGAGGGCAUGCCGCCCCGUCCGAUUGGCCUGGUGUGGGGGGGCACCGUCAACCACGGGGGCCUGCGCAUGAGGAACGGAAUUGGGCCGGAAAAUUGGACGAGCGGAAUCGGGCUCGCUAGAUUGAUGCACCUGCUAGACGUGGACCUGUUGUACUCCUUGGAUGCGGACGGUGCAGACGGCGCAGGCGUGCCCCAGCAACUUCCAAAGGAGACCAUGGCCGCACGUGCAAGCAAGGCAAUCGCAAUGGACGGCGACGGUGGCAGUCAUGCAGGCGUCGAGGCAAAGCGGCGAAAGCUUAGGGAAUAGCUAGACCGUUAUUAAAGGCACAUGCAUUGCUGAGGUCUCCUUGCUUGAACACGAGCGGCAAGCGGUCUCAGGCUGGCUAGUCAAAGUAACCUCACUAGAAGUAAGGGUUUUUAGACAUUGACUGAAUGAAGCAUUAGACUGCUCCCUUCCAAAGUUGGUUGAGAAGCUCGCAUGUUUUAUGGGUGUUGAUACAGAGGUAGAAGAUCAGAUCAAGCGGUUUGGCGGAUCAAGAGUCCAAACGAAGUGAGGGUCGGAAACUGACCAACUGAGGUAUUCACGUCCAUCAGCAUGGGCAAAAGCAACCACUCCAGGCAAGGUGUUAGAAUCUAUUAAGUUGACCCACGACAGGUCCUAGUGGGUUGCUACGUCUUUAACAUUAUCCAGCGCGGCGCGCCUUAAACGGUGGCAUUGAGUCUUGUAGUGCAGACUUGAACGGUCAUUGUUGCGUUUGAUGUACAUGACUAGGAAGGUCUUUCAAGUCGUCUGCAAUUGCAUUGAUUUUUCG